CGAACGUACGUACGGCGGACGGCCGGCGGUGGUGGUGGAACGAAAAGUACGAAACGAACUGAUUCAUUCCCCCGUUCAGUGCGCGUCGUGCACGCAACGACACACCUGUGCACCGGGUUUUGGUUCUGUUUUCGUUUUUACCUGUGGCUGCGAGAGCCGUGCACGUUCACGCCGUCAAUUUCGCUAAUGGAUUUUAAUCGAAUCGGUCGGUGGUGAGGGCCGCCGCUCCUUUUCAUAUACCUACCCGACGCGGUUGUUGGGGUAGUGUGCGAGUGGUGAGAGGACUUGGCGACCGGUACUCGGGUUGGUUUUGGUGCAGUGUUGUCGGCUCGGCCUGAGGUGCUCGACGGAGUUCUGAGCGGAAGACUGAAAGGAGUGGGUCUGCCGACGUCCGGAGUCACGAUGCGGGAGAAGAAAAGCGGCGCCCUCUCCAGGAUGCAGAAGCUGCGGAAGAGGCUGUCGCAUUCCUUCGGACGAUUGUCGGUGUCAAAGGAGGAAGCGGACGAACACAACCACGGAAAACUGCCCUAUAACGGCUACAGUGAUGAGUUCCUAGAUCGUUUGGAGCCGAAUGGUAACAUACCGCCCGGGAAAGGUGAUAUUAGAUAUGGUUCCUGCGUUGUUUCAGAAUGGAACGGCGGCGGCGGCGGCGGCCACGACCGCGUCAAGCGGCAGCUGAGCGUCUCCAGCGACAGCAAGCUGCUCGACGACGACAUCCGCGAGGAGACCAAGGUGAUACUGAGGCCGAGGAAGCCGCCACGGCCCAAGAGCGAGGUGCUGCUCAACCAGGGCUCGGACCACAGAAGGACGAAGCGCUACUCCGCCUUUGGGGGUGAUUCUCCGUUCGGGAAAACGGAGGCGUACAUAAAAUUAGAACAAUUAGGUGAAGGCUCUUAUGCAACGGUGUACAAAGGAUUUAGCAAUUUACAAAACCAGGUGGUGGCCCUGAAAGAGAUCCGUCUGCAGGAAGAAGAGGGUGCCCCCUUCACCGCGAUCCGCGAGGCUUCCCUACUAAAAGAACUGAAACACGCCAACAUCGUAACGUUGCACGACAUUGUACAUACCCGAGAGACGCUCACAUUCGUGUUUGAAUAUGUCCACACGGAUUUGUCUCAGUACCUGGAAAGACACAGCGGCGGUCUGGAUCCCAGGAACGUGCGUCUGUUCCUGUUCCAGCUGUUGCGAGGACUGUCGUACUGCCACAAACGCAGGGUGCUCCAUCGGGACGUCAAGCCCCAAAAUUUGCUCAUCAGUGAAAUGGGUGAACUCAAGUUGGCUGACUUCGGCUUGGCCAGAGCCAAAUCAGUGCCGUCGCACACCUACUCGCACGAGGUGGUGACGCUCUGGUACCGACCUCCCGACGUUCUGCUCGGCAGCACCGAGUACUCAACGUCUUUGGACAUGUGGGGCGUCGGUUGUAUUUUCGUGGAAAUGAUCACCGGCAUGGCCAUCUUCCCCGGCGUUCGCGACACCUACGACCAGCUAGACAAAAUCUUCAAGGUUUUGGGAACGCCCACGGAGGAGGAUUGGCCGGGGGUGACGAGACUGCCGGGCUACAAGCCGCACAGGAUAGGCACCUACAAGUCGCGACGUCUGGGCAUGACAUGGCCCCGUUUGCACGACGUCAUGCACGGCGAAGCGAUGGCGACGUCGUUGCUACAGCUCGAUCCUUUGAGGAGGCUCGGCGCCGAAGAUGCCAUGGUUCACCCUUACUUCAGCGAGCUACCCAACAAACUACUAGAACUGCCAGAUGAUGUUUCGAUAUUCAGUGUCGAAGGUGUGCACCUCUACCCGGAGCCGUACUCGGGGAUUAAAUGAGGGUUACCUAUCUCUCUCAGGAAGAAACACGUCGUUCAUCGUUCAGUGACCAUUAUUUAGUCAAAGCUGUCCUCCCACACCCCCCAUUAAUGUGCAAGCUUAUGCAUCCAACCACCCUCACAUCUUACAAAACAAUGCUACUAUACAUUCUAUGUUUAUGCAUAAUUGUUUAGUUUUUAAAGACGCUAUCCAUAUUACGUCAUGAUUUUAAUUAUAGGAGUGCAAUAUUUUUAUAAUAAACAAUUUGUUAUAUACAUUGAAACUUGGAGAGUCCGGUGUUUUUUUAUUGUGUAUUGAUUUUUUCGUUUGAGAGAAGACUGCAUUUUAAUCGUUAAGGUUCUGAGUGGAUUGCAAACACACGUCCAAGGGUCAACGAAUCUUAUGUUAUUUUUUCCUUUAGGCUAGACGAAAUUCCGAACUGAAAUCCAUUCAGAAAGUCUGAGAGAACCGACCAACCGCAGUGAAUCGGAAUCUCAAACUCAACUUUGUUAGCUGUUUGACUCGAUUCUAAUUCACUGUGGAUUGUUUCUAGAUAAUACGUUGUUCAAAUGUCGCAUUUCAAUCAUGUUUUUGUUUAUUUUUAGUUUUAAACUUUAUCGAAUAUUGUACGGAUUUAGUUACCUUUUGAACGAAUCCACGUAUUGGUUUAUUUUUUUUUUGUAUAAAGGACUUUUUGUUAACGGUUCCAGUUGAGGUAGUGUGUAAAGGUUUAGAUAGAUUGGUAUUUUUAGUUGAGCAUUUUCGUAGCAAUUUCUUUUGAACCUGAGUAACAAUCGCUGAAUCGCCCGCUUCGAAACCAUUUUUAAUACAAUAAAUGGUAAAUGACGUUUUUGUGGCCAACAAUUCGACAAUCUGGACCAAGCAAAGAUUCACUAGGUAAUUGUUACUCUCGUUUAACGAGCAUUAUAUGACGUAAUCACGAUAUAUUUUAACACUUUUCAUGUACACUCAAAACAUAAAUAUCCAUUCCUUCCAUGGUGCUCAAUUAAUACUAAAAAGAAAACUAAGACUUUAAGUGUCUGGUCGAAAACAUGGGGCUGUUUAAGAAUUAAAAUUUAAACACUGCUAUGCAGUGGUACUGAUAUAAAACAAGGCUGGGAUAUGCCAUUGCCUUGCCGGCACAAAUUUUUUUUUGUUUGUUUAGAAAUAUUUACGGUGAAGGACAGAAUUUUUAAAUCAAUCACUUAGCCACUUAGACUAUAACAACUUCUCUUUAAUCCGAAACAUUUUAGAGGAGGAUAAAUCCGAGUUCGUAGUGUCUUACUUAAGCGAAUUAGAGUGUCUGUCAAUAUGAUAGAUUUAGAGUUUUUAUAUAAAAAUAACGUAGCAAUUGACGUAGUAUUAAAAAUUUUGCCCUUCACCACAUGUAAUUAUUGUGUAUAAAUUAUUUUUAACAUUUGACUUUUGCGUAAGCCAGCAACUGUCAAGAAUUUACCGUCAGAUUUAAAAAUAUUAAUAUUCUUGUAAAUAAUGUACAAAUUGUUGUUGAAAUUAAUUUGAUACACCUUGUUGUUUUGCAACGUUGUCUUCUAGAUUUAUAAACUGGUUUUUUACGUUCUUACUGCACAGCACAGAAGUACAAAUAUGUAAAGGACCAAAUUAUAUAAGGCAAAAGCCUACAGUGCCAAUAACAUAAAGUAAAUCAUUUCCGAUAUAAUAAUUAUCACGUCCUUUAAAUAGUUGUGGUUCCGUCACGUUUAGAAGAAUACACAUAUUGAAAAUCUGAUCGUAAAUGUGUAGAAAAAGUGAUUAAAUUGAAGUGCCAAAGGGCAAUAGCUUAAGCAUUAGCUCUAGUGAAAAAUAGAAUAAUUUUUUAGGCGCAUUUGUACUGUUUAGUUUCAAGUUUUUGAUUCAGUUUGUUUCGAGGUUUCAAAAUAUUUAGGAUAUUGAAGAGAGUUUAGGCCUAAUAAUUAGAGCAGACACGGUAUUUCUUACAAAAAGUGAUUUAUUUUUUGUUAUCGGAAAACGUGAAAUAAUUAAUUUUCGGCAAUUAAUUAAUCAACAACGUGUCGCUUAGUUUAUGUGAUGGAACAAGACAAGUUUAACAGCUUUAUUUCGGCGGGUCCAAACGCGUUGAAAAUGUGUUAUUUCACUGUGUUCAGGUAAUUUUGAUGAAUUUGUUCUUUAGUUGACACAUAGAACGCUGUGAGCUCUAGAACACCAUCUUUUUAGUCUGUACAAAAAAAUGGAAAAUAGCGAAAAAAAAUCGUAAUCUGUAGUGUAGUCCAUCUUUGGAAGAAGGCACUAAGUUAACGCGGCAAUGCACCCCUCCUAUGGUACGUCCAAUUAUUUAAAUAAUGAAAGAAUUAAAACAUGCCGUUCACUGAUUUUCUACAUCGUUAGCGACAUGUUCAAAUUAGCUUUAGAGAAGAAAAAUUAUAUGGAAACACAUCCAAUGCUCUGUGCACGCUUGAUGCGCACAUUUUUAUUUCAUUUAAAAGACAAAUCAAAAUAUUGGAACGCUGCGUCUCAGUCCUGGUUAAAUGAGGGCGUGCACGGCUUAAUGUAAUAUAAUACCGUGUGUUUUUAUGCCUUAUAUAAUUGAUGAGUGUAUUAUUUUAUUGGCAAGUUGAGACGCACCGUUCGAUCAUUAUUGCUCUUUGAUUGCACCAGUUUUUAUUUCAUUUUGUUUACAUUGUACAAAAUUGGUGUAUGUUUUUGCUCUUAUGUGAUAGAGUUGAAUUGUUAUUUUGAUUUGUUAUAUAAUGAUGUAUUUAUUAAAGGUAUAUUUAUGAAUACCAAGGAAUAAUGGUGUACGUAAAUCACUGUACCAUGUUGCAUUGUAUAUAGAAAUAGUUGUUUAUAAUAAGAUAAUUAUAAGAAUAUCGAAAAUAUUAAUAAUAAAUAAAUGUCUUUGUAUAAAA